AUGUUGAUGGCCUCGAAGGGGCACUUCUUGACACAGAUACCACAACCGAUGCAAAGCUCUUCGGAAAUGAAGGCGACCUUGGAAGACGCCGUGGGACGGCGAGGGCACAUACCCAUGCGGACGACAGGGCAUCCUCGCUUGCACUCCUGUCGGCAUCGCUUGGGGCGGCACUUGUCGGUCGAGACGAUGGCGAUACGGGUGAGUUGGUCAGACAUGAUGGCGGUGCGGUUUUGCUCUUGA